UGAGUCUGUGGCGGGGACUCGCUGAGUGUGGAGGAUACGCCUACGAUAGCAGUCCCUUGCGCGGUGUGUGUGUGUAUGUGUGUGGAGGCCGGGGUAGCGGAGGAACGCGAGUGGUCUGCCCCGCUGGCUGGCGCGCGCCUGUGUGCGCGUGCGCGUGGGGCGCGGCGAGCGCGGAGACGACGGAGGGAGGGGAGAGGUGGCGGCAGGCCCAGCCCCCGGUCGCAGAGCCCGGGGCGGCUCCUUCGCUAGCCUGGGACCGCUGCACUCCUGCUGCUGCCAGGAGCUGCUGUGACUUUUGGCCCGCGUCGCGCCCUCCCGUGCCUGCAGCCUACUGGGCUCCCUGUCCGCCCAGACGCCACUUCUCUGGGCUUUCGAUCUCUGUUGCGGAGGGAGAGGAAAUGAGUGCCGCGGAGGCGCCAGCGCCGGAGCGGGGUUGGAAGAGUGAGAAAGUGGACGAGGCUCAGGCCCUGGCGCGGAGUUGUGCAGCUCGGAGACCAGACUUUCAGCCGUGCGACGGGCUCUCCAUCUGUGCCACGCACAGCCAUGGCAAGUGCUUCAAGCUGCACUGGUGCUGCCACCUAGGAUGGUGUCACUGCAAAUACGUGUACCAGCCCAUGACCCCCGUGGAGCAGCUUCCAAGCACGGAGAUCCCUGCAGAGCCUCGGGAGCCCACAAACACCAUUCAGAUCUCAGUCUCCCUCACUGAACACUUUCUGAAGUUUGCAUCUGUCUUCCAGCCUCCACUCCCGCCUGAUUCACCAAGGUACUGUAUGAUCUCAGACCUCUUUAUUGACAACUAUCAGGUUAAAUGUAUUAAUGGGAAGAUGUGUUACGUGCAGAAGCAGCCGGCACCACAGUCCCACAAAAUGAGCCCUCAGGAGGUCUCUGCACACGAUGCCUUAAUUUCAAAAGAGAGCAAUACACCAAAAAUAGAUCACUGCUCUUCUCCCUCAAGUUCUGAGGACUCUGGGAUCAAUGCCAUCGGGGCUCACUAUGUGGAAUCGUGUGAUGAGGACACAGAAGAGGGAGCGGAACUGAGCUCAGAGGAAGAUUACAGUCCAGAGAGCAGCUGGGAACCGGACGAGUGCACCCUUCUGUCUCCGUCGCAGUCCGACCUGGAGGUGAUCGAAACGAUAGAAACCACCGUGUGAGAGUCGGGACAGGAGGCUGCGCCCUCUGGUCCAAGCUGAGCUUUUGUACUUUUGUUGGCUGGAUCAUUUUUCCAGUGCAGCUGGUAUUUUCUACCCCUAACAACCGUAGCAAUUCAGUGGUCUGCUGAUUAGCUUCCCUCUUAAAUUAGUGUUAUAACUCUGACAUUUGUUUUCUUUUAUAACUUGACUUAUUUUCUACGUAGCAUCUGGUGUCAUGAAUUGUGACCCAGCCUUAAUUUCACUGGGAACUUUGUAAGUGAUGAAGUGAGGAUCACAGACUAUAAUGGACCGAGUUGAGGAGCCACCCGAGUGAAGGAGACAGUGCUUUCUGAACGCCCAGUUCUGCACAGAAAAGCCUUGGCAUUCCUUCCGGCAUGCCGAGAGGCACCCCUGCGGCCCUGCCAGCCCCGUGCGGGAGUCGGCUCCCCUGAGGGGAGCAGCCUGUGGCCUGGUAGAUCCCAUUCUGCCCCUUUCGGCUUCUCCCCACCAUCUGCUUGGGUUGGGGCCAGUUGCCUGGCAUCUAGGAGGGUAAGGGGGUCCAGCUUGGCUGCUACUUAUGGCCAGUGUCUGAACAACCCACCAUAACCUGGGCUGCACUAGACCUUCAUUUACAAAGAGAUGACAUCUUCAGUUUCAUGCUCAAGCCAGCUCUCGCUGAGCCACCUCCGCUCUGCAGUGCGCUAUGGGGAAACAGAAUGAGUAAGACCUGGCUCCCCGCGUGACGGGAACCAUAGUGCAGCAGUGGAGAGAACACAUGCAGGUGACAUUACCCAGAGUGCUCUGGGAACCCAGGGGAAGGAGAGCUGUUCUUGGCUUGUAGCUGGGGAAUGUGUUACAGCAUGUUUGAGCUGCUCUCCCGGGUGGGUUUCCUAACAUUUCCCUGCUUUUCUUAAUUGUUCUUGAAAUUUGGAAAAAAAAAAACCUUUUAGGAAGUUAUAUAGGUAUUAUAUUUAGGAGGCAGCCACAUCUGAUGUCUUAAGAAAGUAUCAGUAAUAGUUUUAGUUAGCCUAGAAAUGCUAAAGACAGCAGUCCUUUAGGGAUUAGGGAUUAGGAAUGAAUCUAAUAGGUUUGAUGAAUUUGCUUCAUUUGGUUGUAUGAAGCUUUAGAAUGGCUUGGGUGAGAAAUGGGUUAGAAUUCAGUAUGAUGCAUGUUUUUUUAUGCAAAUGCAAAAGCAGUUGAAAUAGUGCACUGCUGAGUCAGGAGAAAAUACUUUGUGUAAUAUUCACUCACUUUACUACAGUAAUAUUCAUGGUCUGUUGUACAUGUUCUCUUUUCUCACACAUGCAAAAUAGUGAGUAAUUCUUAUUUAGCUCGCUUCAGAAUUCUACUCCUCAUCUCCAUUUACGCCAGGUGUUCUUGUGUGAGCUGGUUAUCUGCCAUUUCUCCAGAUCUCCUCUCUGUGAGACGUAGCUAAGAAUCCGGGAAAUUUAACAUAUGGCCUAGUGAAACUCGAACUGUCAAAGCUGGAGAUAGAGAAGUAGUUCUUACAGCCUGACUGUCCGUGAGUAUGCUCUUGUGGUGUUAUCUCAUGCUGUGUCACCACCAUGGCACCUCUCUUAUGUGCUACGUUAGUUUGUGUUUUAAAAAAUAAGAAGAGGCCUAUUGUGUUCCUCUCUGAAGCCUCUACUUGGCUUCCCUCACAAAUCACUCUGGGCAGAAUCUGCUUUCCUAGUUGUACGUGUAGUUCAAGUGAUUGGCUAGAACACUUUAUUAGGUUGAAGUGCCCAGAACACCCAUUGGGUUUAGAAUGCAGAGUAUGCAUAUCCCUGCGAGAACAGUGUCCAUUAAAACUUUCUAUGCUGGGUGAGAAUGCAGUGUAAGGUUCCCACUCACUGAAAUGUAUGGACGCAACAAGUCAAACCAGUAAGGUGGUGAGAAAAGCUGCAGGAACAGGAGGGCCCAGGAGAGGGUGGGGGAGGUGGGGGUGCAGACAGGGGCUUCCCCACCAGCCUGGCCCACCCAGCCCAGGUGGCUUAGGGACAGACAUCGGCUGAGCCUGCGAGAGGCUCUCAGUGCCUCCGUGACUGCGUGGCCAGCUGCAGGCGAGCCCAGAAGCCAUGCAGUCAGCUGCUGUGUUCGGGGCGGUGACAGCAACAUCAGGGCCCUGUCUGCACCCCCACACGGCCCCAGUGGGUAAGCUCAUUGGAUUCCCCAGUGUGCGCUCAAAGGGCCCCCCCUCUCUGUGCCAUUCCUAUCAGUUCUCUGCUCUGGGCCCACAUCCCUGUCCCUUACAUGAACUGGACUCAACCACAAGGUCUUUAAAGCCAUGGGAAUACAUGGUCGCAGGGCCGAGGUUCUGAACCUGGCUGCGUGGGGGUUGGGCCCUUUAUCAGUAAUAUCUGUCACUUUUAAAACUCCUGAACUGCCAUUCAGAGUAGCCACAAUUUUAAUGGAAUUUUUGGAUUUAAUAAUGGUCGAUAUCACUUUAAAUAUUUGCACAAUCUCUUUAUAAUUAAAAACUCACGAAGCUUUCCUUACUACUAUUUUAUAGAAUUGGAGAUGUUCCAUUGGAUUCUAAAUAUUAGAUGCUCCUGGAUCUCAAAAUAACCUUUUCUAAACAAGCACAAGCAACAAUUUCUUUUGUCCUAGCACUGUUGAUAUUAAUAAGUCUCUAGGAAAUCAUAUAUGAUCGAACCAGAAUUGUUUUUUUAUGCUUGCAUUCCAAAACCAACUGAUAAGGAUAUAAAAACAUGUAGCCUCAACUUCAAUUCUAGGCCUGUUCUGUUCUAUAUUAUAUAAAAGAAUCUCUCUGUAAUCCUGAUACUAUAUUACUCAUUUGUAUAAGCAUAUUUAUAGGCACUUUAGAAAACAUUUAGAUGUGUAUUGUAUUGUCGGACACAGUCGUGUUAAAUAGCCCUUGGUUCACACUCGUGCGCUGAGAGACGAGGGCUUUCUCAUCCGCACCCGGAGGCGUGCUCACCUGGAGCAGAGGUGCGGGCUGUGUGGGGGAGAGACAGCCUUCUCGGGCUUGCGUAGACGCCUGGCCCCAUUCCCACUUUCUGAAAGUUGGUAUGAAGCUAUUAGGUAGAAGAUAGAAAAUAAGUGCUGUGUGGAACUUAGCUUUUUUAUUUAACCAAGAUUUACUUUAGAAUUUUCAGGUUUCAAAUAAUUCUGACUUUUCUGAGAAAUGACAAAGGAAUUAAAAUGCUUUGUGGUUGUAGUUAGUUGGUACAUUAACAAACAAGGCUUUACCAUCAUAGCCAGAUAUAUUUUUUUAACCUUGUAAUUUUCAAUAUUUGAAAAGAGAAUUUGAGGGAAAUCCUGAAGAAAACAAGGUUGCUGUCCUAGAAAGGGAGAACUUGUAGUUUAUGGUACUACUACACAAAAUAAAAGACCACUCAAACCAGAGCCAAGCUGGAAGUUGUCCAGAAGCACCUUUUGGAUUUGAUUUUGACUUCAGGGUGGGGUUUGAUUUCUUAACCUCCACUUCCUGGCCUGUUGGAUACAUCACAGUUUUUUUGGAACUGAUCAUAACAACUCCUUUUAUGCAAAUUUCUCUAUUUGGGUAAUAGGAUGUAACCAGAUAAUUUAUAAAGCUGUCAAAAUAGCAGGCAUAUUUAGCAGUAUAAAUACUGCUAGGCAAGAAAAACGGCGUAGUAAGAUAAAAUAAUAUUUAUGCAGUUGGUUCUUGGUUAUUCCAUCUUGUUUGCAAAAUUUUAUUGAAACAUUUUGGCAUUUUACAUGGGGAAACAAAAAUGUUAACAGUCUUCUUUCCUAUUCCCCUCUCCAGAGGAGCUGUGAACCAAAAUCAAGGUGGCCAGUUGUGUUUUAGGCUUUUUAGGAAGUAACCCGUGGUUGGCGUGUUGCCCUUGAGGGGGAAGCAGGAAGGAGGAGUUCCCCUCACGUUAUCGGGGCUGCGAUUCCAGGGAGGUCGGUGUUCCCCACGCCCAAGCAUAAGUACGAGAGCACUUCUCAAAAUUAAUUUUGGAAUUAUGUACCUUUUAAAAAUUUUAUAUGUCACAGAUUCCUUUCAAUAUCACGGAUAUCGAGAGUGGACUGUAUUCAAAAAGGGCCGUGUUUCUGUUAAGCACUUUGAGUUCCUUUUUCUAUUAGGAUUGGCACGGUUGUCUCCUAACACUCUGAACAGGUCGGGAAGCAAAGUGUCACCAGAGGUUUUGGUGUUGAACUUCCAUAGUACUUUGUUCACACACACUUUUUUAGGCCGUUCAUACCUUGAAAUAGUCACUUACUAUGCUGUUUUUAAAAUCUGUUUUAAAGUUUUAAGCACAACGUUGACCAUUCUGUAAUUUACUAAAAUGAUAUUGUUUUCCUACAGACAGCUCAACUUUCCUUUCUGUAUAAUACUUUAGGAAAAUAACUGCCUUGUAAAAUAAAUGUGAUUUUUUUCUUUUGUACCAGCACAAAUGUGUUAUUUUGGAGUUCGGAAUAUUCUUUCCCUGCAGUCUCCCCCUUUUGAGAGGUUCUGAUUUAUAUAACACAGUGAACUAAAAACAAAGCUACAUUUGUAAAAUGUGAAACAUUUAUAAUGUGGGCUUACAUUGUGCCAGGAAAUAAGCAGUUUACAGCAUUAUCUCAUUUAAACUUUACAGAAACUUCACAAAGUGUAGGUAAGUGUCGUCACCUGGAAUGCACUGCUUGUGCUGGCUCCCCAGACCCUUCCUAAUACGGGUUUUCUGUUGGCUGUGUCAGGCUUAUGCACCAUCACACAUUCUCCCGCAGACAGCGUUUCUCCCACACAAAGCUGCACGCUCCGUAUUCAGUUCACACUUGUCACGUAAGACCGUUUAACCACAGGUCCUCGAGCCGGCAGCCCGUGGUCGCCCAGGCCGGCGUCCAGACCGCAGGCUGGCCAGCCCGGGAACUCAGUUUUUGCCUUCAGCACAGCCAGAAAAGAACAACUUGUGGGGCUGACAUUUAUUGAAUAACCUCACCGCGAUUGCUAAAUAAAUUCUUUUGUUAGUCAUAGUAAUAAUAUCAUUGUUAGUAUUAUUAAUAAUUAUAGCUCAUCGCCUAUCUUACUGCUUUCUAUGAGUAAUCCUCAAGCAACCCCAUUUCACAACCAGGAGAAGCAGUCAGGACGGAAAUAUUCUUGCCCCAGGUGGCACAGUGUGUAAGUAGGAGAAGUCGGGAUCUGAACCCAGUCUCUGGCUCUGGAGCCCGCACGCUCGGCCCCUGGUCUCUGUGGUCCUGUAGCACCUUCCCGCCCUCAGUGUACUCGGGGGCUGCGUCGGGUGGCUGCUCGGGGAGCCUGGGAGGAGGGCAGCAGGGGUUCCAUCCCUGUCCCCAACCAGCGAACCCCUCCCCGCAGGCUGGUGGCCCACGCCUGCCCCAGGGUGCUGUUCUCCAGGCAGUCUUGGAGAAGCGCCCACAGGCUUCCUCGCCCUCUCCCCGUUUUCUGUGCUCCACACCGACCUCCCCCAACACGUGUGCGCACACACGCACCCCGUCUUCCUGCAGCCGUCCCAGUGCUUUGAUCAGGCCAGCGCUGCUUCCAUGUUUAAUCGCAUCUGACUCGCAUUCAAGGCUAGCUUCUUCUGCCUUCAUGAAAGACAGCUUGUCUUUUAGAGUGACUUCUGCAGACAGCUAAUCUCAUCUCCUGUGUGUGCAUUCUACUAAUUUAACCCUACAUAAUAGUGUUGCCAAGUUCUAGAAGGCAUUUCAUUGUAGCCUCUUACAGUUGCUGACUACACACACUUUUAUUCUGCAGUAAACUUUAAUUUAGCCUCUCUGCCUCAUUACAGUUCAAUCACUGGGAACGAUAUGCCUUUAACCCUGGUGUGCCGCCCAGUCCUGUGUGAGCUGUGGGUGAGACAGGGUCUGGGGACGCAGGUUGGCCGCGGCAGGGUUCGAACAGAGGCAACUGGAGGCCAAGGGCAGAUACAGGAAUUUGGCAGAAAUGAAAGUGAAAGGCGAGGC